AAUAGAGCCCAUCUCGAUAGAGGUAGGAAAUAAACUCGAUAACAGUGAUCACAACAUACUGUACUGCACCCUACCUCUUCAACUAACAACUAAACACACACCUAAAAAUUCUCCGGUUCACUAUCAAUAUAGGGACUAUAGAAAUGCCGACUGGGAAUUCCUACCAACGCUCUUGAGAAGCUCUGACUGGGAUGAAUACUUUACCAAUGAUAACUUAGAAGUAACACUUGAUACCUUCUACAGGGCGGUCAGUUCGGUAAGAGAUACAAUCGCACCCCUAAAGUCUGCCUUAAGGACACCAACUCUUUUCAUAGACCGCAAAACGCGAUUAAAACUAAGGAAAUUGAAAAGGAAAUUUUAUUUAUAUAAAGAAUUUAGUGCAUUACACCAGAUACAUGAAACAUUUAAAAAUCUUGAGGAGAGACAUAGAAUGAAGGCACAACUCGAGGAAAAUGAAGUCCUAGGAGGCACCUCAGGAACUCUGCAAGAUCUUGCAAAAACGACUAAACAAGGGUAAAGACAAUAAUGUUGGCCACCUUGAGCAUGAAGGAAUAAUUUAUGAUGAUAAAAGAAUAAAACUUGCGCACUGUGGUAGAGUGUAAUUCCAUUAUGGGUAAAUUUUAUUUUGAUAAAGUCCCACAGUGUUAUAAAAUAAUAUCUACUGAUUUAUGAUGAUCCCCAGAUUACUCGUGAACUCCUAAACCAAUGGUUCUCCAAUAACACCAAAGCGCAUCCGUCUCCAAUCCUCGACAUAACCUGCAAAAAUAACUACGAGUUAGGUGAAAUCAACUUUAAUAUACAAAAUAUAGCAUCAGCGGUAAAGACAUUAAAAGCUAACGGUAGUUGUGGGAUAGAUGAUAUCCGAGCCACCGUUUUUGCAUAUGAUAGAUGGUAUAUGAUAGUACUAUUACCUAGAAUAUUCACCCUCUCACUAGUGACUGGGACCUACCCUGAAACUUGGAAAAACACGUAUAUACUACCUAAGCAUAAAGGAGGGGCCAAAACUAGUGCAUGUAAUUAUAGGCCUAUCAAUAUAACACCUGUCAUAUCAAGGAUCAUGGAGAAAGUAAUCAAAGACCAAAUGUCAGACUACUUUCUACAACACAAACUCAUCAAGCAGUCACAACACGGAUUCCUUAAGAAAAGAUCUUGCGUCACUUGGCAUAUAGACUUUUUCAACCAAGUCACCUAUAGAAGAGAUAGGAGAGAACUAGUAAUUAUCCUCUAUUUCGAUAUCAGGAAAGCCUUCGACAGAGUCCCACAUAGUCUGUUAGUCAGCAGGCUAUGCUCACUAGGGAUACGCAACCCCCUCCACAACUGGAUAAAAUCAUUUCUCAGUGACAGAAAUCAGACAACAAAAAUUGGCUCGAUGACCUCCAGGCCUAGGCCGAUUAGCAGUGGUGUCAUCCAGGGGAGUGUAUUGGGACCCCUUCUUUUCAUUAUAUACAUAAACAGUAUAUGUGAGUGCUUUGGUAUAGGCAAGCCAAUACUGUAUGCAGAUGACUUAAAGGUGACAUAUACCUGAGCAAACACAGAUAUUGGUACAACUAUGAACUACAUUCAUGAAGAAUUAACAAAAAUGGAUAUAUGGUGUGACACCUGGAGACUUGAGUUUAAUGUCGAAAAGUGUGGCUGGCUCUGCAUAGGCUGCCCCAACCUAGAACUCAACCUAGCUAUUCAGGGCCACAAAAUCCCUAGACUCAAAUCUGUGCUAGACCUAGGACAGGCAUAUUCACACAAUCUAUCAUUUUCUGCACAUAUCUCGAAACAAGUAUCGAAAUCACGCAGGAUUAUUGGUUUCCUACUCGGGAACGUUUACAGAAGUGAAUCCAGAAUACUACUGUACAAGGUUUGUGUGCGCCCACUCCUAGACUAUUGUUCAUUCAUAUUUAGUAGUAUACGCAUAGAAGACAAACUAAAAGUAGAAGGAGUACAGAGGUACUUCACGCUGUGUAGGGAGGAGUAGAGGAGCAUGAUUAUGAUAUAAACUAGAUGAACUCCACACCAGAGGACGGCGGCAGCGAGUUUGAGAAGCCGUAACUUAUGAUGAAUGAUCAGACUGAAGUGGUCGGGGGAGAUGUGACAAACGCAGUGAAGGAUUUAAAAGGUGAAGGGUAUGUUUCACCAAAAGCACACGGAAACCUAACUCUCAGGGGGGACAGCGUUUCACACAAGUACGGUUGUCUGCCGAAAGAGCAUAAAUCAGGAGUUCCCUCAUGUCCCAUAUGAGACAUGUGUCAAUCACUUGGUCACCAGACGUCAAAGUGGCGGAUACAGCCAAUUCAACCCUUGCAUGACCAGUUAGUGAAGCGUAGUGUCACGAUCGCCCUCCAGUUUAUUGAGUGGCCAUGGGAUCCUGACUAGGACCUAUUUUCGCUAACUUAUUUCUAGCAAAACCAGAGAACAGUCCGCUGAAAGAUGAGAUAGCAAGAAUAGGAAUGAAUUGUCGUUACAUGGAUGGAUGACACUCUUGUUGUGUGCGAUGAAGGGUUACGUACACGUGAUUUGAUUGUGAGCCACUUCAACAGUACUCACAUAACGGUCCAUUUCACCUGCGAAGGAGAAUACAACGACACCCUGCUGCAGUUCCUCGUCGUCUUACUAACGAAGGAGAGAUUCUAUCGCAAUGUUUAGCCAAAGCGAUAAAGAAAACCCUACUCUUCGCAUCUCUUCAUAUCCUUCAGUAGCCGUCCAGUGUUCACCCAGAAACGGAAAGACGCCUUAAGCUCUUCUUCGCGUGUAUACCUUCCCAGGGGCAGUAGUUCUCCUGAUGUUCAGGAAAUUGUCGAAAAAUAUAGCCGAAAAGCCUGCACCAGAAAUCUUAGCCAAGAAUGGCGGUUAUAAUAGAUAAAUUAAUGAAUUUAUUCUCAUAGUACAGUACAUGAGGGACGUCAUAUAAUUCAAUCACAAUUUACAGGCAGUAGCAAGAUAUGCUUUACAUGUUCGCUGGAGAUUACACAUACACUUGAUAAAUGUUACUCCCAGUAGUAUAAAACAGCCUUUCCACUUAUAUACAAUCAUUUCUGUGCACAGUUGGAAAAAUUUGCUAGAUUAUCAGUGAGUGCAACACAUCAGGAAAUACAGGAGUAUUGUCUUCGCAUUAACAGAAAAACGAGGUCUUUGGUGGAUGGAUUAUAAGUGCCUGGGAAAAAAAUAAAGCUUGAAGUCAACUUUCAUAUAUAACUUUGUUGUGUACAGAAUCCUUGAAUUAUAGUUCAUUGGUGUGUUAUUUUGAAAUCAGUGAUCUGCAAUGUCAUUGUUGGGAGUAAAUAUACAAAAGCUUUGGACGCAUUGAUUAGUGGAUUUCUACUGCUCGUGGGUAUUUUCUUAGCGUGAGGAAGGUUUAUGAAUUUCAGCUGUUCCGACAGGAGUUGAGAAUAUUAACUGCUGAGCAAUAUUAUGGAUAUAAGUUCAUCACGUUAUCUUAGGAAAGGUGGGUUGUAGUUGGUGAGGUAAAUAUGGUGGCCAACGAGCGUACAUCUAUCCAUGUGAUGUUGUGGUCAUUUGGAAAUUUGGGGUCGGGUGCACUCUGGUGUCAUUGCAAAACCACUCACUGAGGAGUUCACUUAUAACCUGGGGAUCAUUGUAUAUUAUACCCUUAUGUUGCAAGCUGCUUACAUUAUUGUCUUUACUGCUUUUUAGACGUUUCUGCAAUAUCCUACAAAGUUCCUGAGUUUUGGUGUUACCCACAAGUGCUUUUUUCUCUUCAAGUUGUGAUAUCAUUUUGUGUUUCUCUUCAAGCAGUUUAAGAGUUUCAUGUAUUUGGUUUAACGCAUUAAACUC